AUGAGCAAGCUCUUUGUUACCACCCUCGAAUCUCGUGCUGCCGCUAAGAAAUUCUACCGCGUUCAUAUCCCCUGCAAAUAUGUCCAUAUGAGCAGCACCUACGAUGGGACCCUUUACUUCAACCCAGAGCUCGACAUUAUACAUGUCUUUGGGUGGGCUUAUUUCCCAGAACUUGCAUAUCAUAUCUGGGGACUUGAUCCACUUCACGUCGGCGUUGUCAACUUGGCUCUGCAGACCUAUGGGAGCUGUUGCAAAUAUUAUUAUUUCAGCAGCUCGUUCAAUACAGACUGUGACCUGGACAAAAUCAAAGCAGCAAUUCAGCGGUUAAAAAGAUUCAUCUUCGUAUGUCAUGGAGUGUAUGAAUCUGAAACCUGCCAAUACCGCGAAAACCGUCGAAGACCCCCCCGUGCCAUUCCCAACAGCCAUUUUGUCCCUGUCAAACCACAUGUACCUACAUUUCAGACUAUGGAGAAGGAACCCAGGGACGUGGGCGACCUUCUUGACGGUGUCGAUCGCCUCGAAAUCAUGACGGUACGAGGCGAGGCGACCGACUGGUUCAAACAUCUUGAAGAAUGGGGAAUUGAUAACGACCCUGCAGUUGUUUACCAGAUCAUGAUGAGCUACCCAGAUUGUGAUCCAGAGAUCUUUGUCAAUGAGAGUGCGUGCCGGGCGCAUGAUCCGAGCGAUCUGCCAUCGGGUCGAUCAACUCCGGAUAGCACUCUUGCAAAGUCAGUUGAGGCAGUAUACCAUAGAGGGGAUGCAAUCGCAUUUGCUGGGGAUGAAAUGGAGGGAAGGAAACGCAUUCUCGAUCAACUUUUAGAAGACGAAAGCGAGGUGGACGACGAGGAAGUUGAGAAGCUAUCCAGACAGGAUGUGACGCCAGCGUUUGGGUUCUGGCUAUUCUCCUUGGACGUACUACCUGCGAUAAAUUUUACAGCCAACUCAGAGGCGCGGAUCGGAGAAUUCUACACAGGACUACAGCGACAGUUCGAAAAGCAUACUCCGCAACUAUGUUUGUCUCUCCUAUCGGACAACAAUCCUGAGGUCCUCGAUACCCAUGAGCGUACUGAACAAGAUUGA